AUGUCCCGGCACACACGGUUGACUUUGCCCACUCAUCCCGGCACCCGUGGCAGUCCUUGCCCGCAUGCCCCGGUACCCAUGGCAGACCUUGCCCGCCCAUCCUGGAACCUGUGGUGCAUCUUGCCUGCCUGUCCUGGGACAUGUGGAGGACCUUACUCACCCAUCCCGGGAUAUGUGGCGUGCCUCGCUCGCCAGUCCCAGGACAUGUGGUGCACCUUGCCUGCCUGUCCCGGGACCCGUGGCGGGUCUCGCCCACCCAUCCUGGAACUUGUGGCAGGCCUCGCCCGCCAGUCCCGGGACCCGUGGCGGGCCUCUCCCACCAAUCCCAGGACACGUUGCGAACCUCACCUGCCCGUCCCGGGGCCCGUGGGUGCCUCACCCCCUAGUCCCAGGACAUGUGGCAGACCUCACCCACCCGUCACAGGGCCCAUGGCGCGCCUCGACUGCCAGUCCGAGGACAUGUGGCGGACCUCACCCGCCCGUCCCAGGACAUGUAUUGCACCUUGCCCGCCAGUCCCAGGACAUGUGGCAGACCUCACCUGCCCAUCCCGGGACCAGUGGCGCGCCUCGCCUGCCAGUCCCAGGACCCGUAUUGCACCUCGCACGCCAGUCCCAGGACCCGUUGCGGACCUCACCCGCCCAUCCCAGCGCUCCUCACCCGCCAAUCCCAGGACACGUGGCAGACCUCACCUGUCCAUCCCAGGACCCAUGGUGCACCUCGACCGCCAGUCCCAGGACAUGUGGAUGACCUCGUCUGCCCAUCCCGGGACCCGUGGCGGGUCUCACCCACCCAUCCCGCCAGUUCCCUGA